AUGGCCCACAUGGGGGACUGCAAGUGGAUGUCCUGGCUCCCGGUGCUGGUGGUGUCCCUGAUGUGCUCAGCCAAGGCAGAGGACUCCAGCUGUGGAGAGAAUGAAUAUCACAACCAGACUACCGGGUUGUGUCACCAAUGUCCUCCCUGCAGACCGGGAGAGGAGCCCUACAUGUCCUGCGGAUACGGCACCAAAGACGAUGACUAUGGCUGUGUGCCCUGCCCUGCAGAGAAGUUUUCCAAAGGAGGCUACCAGAUCUGCCGGCGUCACAAGGACUGUGAGGGCUUCUUCCGGGCCACGGUGCUGACACCGGGGGACAUGGAAAACGAUGCUGAGUGUGGCCCGUGUCUCCCUGGCUACUACAUGCUGGAAAACAGACCGAGGAACAUCUACGGUAUGGUGUGCUACUCCUGCCUCUUGGCCCCUCCCAACACCAAGGAAUGUGUGGGAGCCACCUCUGGGGUUUCUGCUCACUCCUCCAGCACGUCUGGGGGCAGCACCUUGUCCCCCUUCCAGCAUGCUCACAAAGAACUCUCGGGCCAGGGACACCUGGCCACCGCCCUGAUUAUCGCCAUGUCUACCAUCUUCAUCAUGGCCGUCGCCAUUGUGCUAAUCAUCAUGUUCUACAUCAUGAAGACGAAGCCUUCAGCUCCAGCCUGCUGUAGCAGCCCCCCGGGAAAAAGCCCAGAAGCCCCAGCUAGCACACACGAGGAGAAAAAGGAGGCCCCAGACAGUGUGGUGACCUUCCCUGAGAAUGGCGAAUUCCAGAAGUUGACGGCUACACCCACCAAGACCCCCAAGAGUGAGAACGAUGCCUCCUCUGAGAAUGAACAGUUGCUGAGCCGCAGUGUGGACAGCGAUGAGGAGCCUGCCCCGGACAAGCAGGGGUCGCCAGAGCUAUGCCUGCUGUCUCUAGUUCACCUGGCCAGGGAGAAGGCUGCAGCCAGUAACAAGUCUGCUGGGAUUCAAAGCCGAAGGAAGAAGAUAUUGGAUGUAUAUGCGAACGUGUGUGGUGUUGUUGAAGGUCUCAGCCCCACAGAGUUGCCGUUUGAUUGCCUUGAGAAGACAAGCCGGAUGCUCAGCUCCACGUACAACUCUGAGAAAGCGGUGGUGAAAACGUGGCGCCACCUUGCGGAGAGCUUUGGGCUGAAGCGGGACGAGAUCGGGGGCAUGACUGACGGCAUGCAGCUCUUUGACCGCAUCAGCACCGCGGGCUACAGCAUCCCGGAGCUGCUCACAAAGCUGGUACAGAUCGAGCGGCUGGAUGCGGUGGAGUCCUUGUGUGCAGACAUACUGGAGUGGGCUGGGGUCGUGCCCCCUGCCUCCCCGCCCCCAGCUGCUUCCUGAGGAGUGUGCCUUGAACUGUCCUCCCUGGGACCCGCUGGGGA